AUGGCACUUUCCGUGAUUGGAACAGGUGAUCUCGUCAUCAACGGUCCUCUUCAGCGUCCUGUCGGCCAGAACAACGUAUAUGAACAUGUCAGACGGGCAGAUUCAUGCUUCGUAAACCUGGAAAUGCCGUUCAGUACAGAUGGUUGGCCUGCCGAAAAAUUAAUUGCACUGAAAUGUGAUCCAGUUCACGCACAUAUCAUUCGUGACCUCGGAAUCGAUGUCGUAACAUUGGCCAACAAUCAUGGUAUGGAUUAUGGUGAAGAAGGUCUUCGAACGACAUCUAAGGCGCUCGAAACAAAUGGGGUCGCCCAUGUCGGCUUUGGCAAGGACCUUGUUGAUAGCUUCACUCCUGUUCUGAAGAGCAUUCGAGGUACAAAGGUGGCAUAUAUCGGCGUUACAACAACUUUGCCGAAUGGUAGUGGGGCAGGGCCUUCACGACCAGGACUUGCUGGAGUGCGGGUCUUCACCAAAUAUGUUUUGGACACGGUCACGAUUGAUGAAUCACCAGGAAUGGCACCAUAUGUAGAGACUGCCACAUACAAGCCAGAUGAGGAGAUCCUACUCCAGGCUAUUCGUGAUGCGAAGGCCAAGGCAGACAUCGUUUUAGUUGCUAUUCAUUGGGGAGUUCCCUAUGGAUGGGUUGCUGCAGUACAAGAUGAGAUCGCAACAUAUCAGCAACCACUGGCAUAUGCCAUGAUCGAAGCAGGAGCGUCCGCAAUUUUUGGCCACCAUCCACACGUGGUGCAAGGUGUUGAGUUUUAUAAAGGCGUUCCUGUGUUUUAUAGCUUGGGGAAUUUCAUUUUCAGCAAUAAUAUUGUCACGCCUGGUGUCGGCUUCCGGGAGUACCCUCCUUAUAGUUGGACCAGUUUGCAGGCGACACUGUCAAACAUUGGUGCUCUGGCGAAGCUAUCAUGGAACGAAAAUGAUUUGACCAGUUGCUCAAUCAUCCCCUUGACGAUUGCAGAGGAUGGAGAGCCACGUGAGGCUACUGAAGACGAUGCCAAUGUAUUGGUAUCGCGAUUGAAAGCCCUAUCCAAGGGAUGGGGAGUCAUAUUUGACUUAAGAAAGCUGGAGCUUGGUUUCGAAAUAAUGGUCUCGGGAAUAUAG